AUGUCUACUUUAUUGUGGGAGAUUGACCACGAAGGAGUCAAGGCGAACCUGUUUAACGGCGUUGAUCCGAAUUCCGAAAAUGGAAAACUUCUUGCAAAAUGGUUCCCUUCAACCGACAUUCACAGAUUACAAGGAACACAUCAUCGUGCCUCAUGUACAAACGUUUACGAGACCAAAGAUGGAAGGUACUUUCACAAACAUGGAAGCAUGAAUCCAGAUCCUAGCUUGGAUAGUAUUGGACUGCCUCAUGAUAUGGACCAACCAAGCGUCGAAGCGUCUUGGAAUCCAUUUAUAGAGAAGAUAGGAAAGAUAGAAUCAGAUGACAUGCAAAGAAUAGCAUCAGAUGAGUAUAAACAGGCAGGAACGAUAUGUUGGACAAGGGAAGAAUACAAAAAUAGUGAGCAUGGCAAAGCCAAUGCUCACGUUGGAUUAUUUGAAAUCAGGCAUCAUCCAAAUAACACCCAAAUUGCAAUUUGGUGGCCAGAAACAGAGCAAACAAGCCCAAAGCGACCCUUGGCUGGCUUGAAAAUCGUUGAUAUCACCCGAGUCAUCGCAGCUCCAACAAUCGCAAGGGGUUUAGCAGAAUUGGGUGCAAGUGUCAUGAGAAUCACUCCUCCGCAUCUCCAAGACUACUCUUCACUGCACUGUGAUCUGAAUUGGGAGAAAUGGAACACUCAUUUGGACUUCAGGGACAAGGAUGAUCUUGAGAAAGCCAAGGAAUUGAUCCGAGACGCAGAUGUUGUUGUCACUGGUUACAGACCCGGAGUCCUUGAUAAAUACGGGCUCGGGAAUGAUGGUAUUCGCGAGCUAGUCAAAGAUAGAAGUCGGGGUAUUAUCAUCGCAAGAGAAAAUUGUUACGGAUGGCAUGGUAUUGUUGGAAUCCUUCAAGCACUGAUACAGCGCUCAGAAACUGGUGGCUCCUACGAUAUGGAUGUGGCUCUGAAUUACUAUUCCCAGUGGCUUGUCAACUCAUGUGGCAUGUAUCCACAAGAAGUCUGGGAGGAUUUAUGGUCAAGGAAUGGCAAACCUGUCUUCCGACACUACCAUAAUAUGACCUAUACAGUACCCAGGUUAUUUCAGAUCCUGAUUAAAUCAGGCACAGGCAGGAGUAUUUUACGCGAUGAAUUCUUCGAAACCCGAGAAACAAAGGCUGUCGGAGUAAACAUCAAAACUGUAAAACCGAUUUUGAGGUUUCCGAACAAAGAGGUAGAAUUGAAGUACAACGUUGGUACCAGAACAAACGAUAUCGAUGCUGCGCAUUGGCCGACUGAUCUGAUGAUAGAAAUAGUAGUAUAA